AUGAUUUUAUCAUUAUUAAUACUAAGCUUAUCAACUGUUUAUGGUAGUGAUGACUAUGAUUACACUCAAAAUGGCAAGGACUGGCCAGACAUCCAUGAAUAUUGCUUUGGCAAAAAAUUACAGUCCCCCAUUAACCUAGAUAAUAAUUAUACUAACACCAAUGUAGAAUACACAAUCAUUAAUUUAGGAGGACGAUAUGUACUUCUUUCCAAAAUACAAACCAACCAAAGUGAGAAUUACAAAAAACCAAACAACUCAUAGAAUAAUACCAGCUGCCGACACUGAUAACUUUGGUCCAUUAUACACUGUGAACUCUUGGUCGGAUAGUGUUGCCUAUGGUGGAAAAAUCAUAUUCUUCAGAAGUGAAGCUGAACAUAAAAUCAAUGGAGUCUAGUAUAAUUUAGAAGUUUAAAUCCAACACACAAUGCUCUUUGCAACAAUUUAAAAUAGAUCAACCGUCUCUGUCUUUUUCAUUCAAGAUGACACAGCCCAAAAACAUCCAUUUUUAUAAUCGGUAUUAAUCACUUAUAUUAUUCAAAGGUGAUAGAUAAUUACAAUAAAGAAGAUUUCAUCUUGGAUUUAAGUGAAUUGGUAACUUCAGCUUUUUCUAUCUAACCAUAUUAUUUAUAUGCAGGCUCUUUCACCUACCCAGAUUGUACAGAAAGAAAUUCUUGGUAUGUUUUUGAAAGGCCAUUCAAAGCUCCAAGCUCCUAACUUUCGUUUUUCUACAAUUUAUAUCAUAAUACGGAGACCUUUCCAAAUGGCAACUAUAGAGUUAGUAUGAUUAUGAUAUUAAUCUUAUAGUUUAGGACAGAAAGUCUUCAGCCAAGAAUGUCAAAGUAUAUUACAGAAGAGAUCCUUAUGCUGCCACAGCACAGGAGGAAUAAUGAAAUUAUAUUAUUUAUUCUAAUUGAAG